GUGAAACUUUUUCGCUUUGCUUCCUGAAAGCUGGAAAGUGUCGUCAGCAGGACUUUGUGCUGGAUGGGGGUUGCCGGAUGUGCACGAACCACAGACGGUAGAUGUUGGAGGUUCCGUCUUCCUCUUCCUCCUCAGUUGUCCUGGGGUGUUGGGACUAGUGAAGAUGAUUAGUUGCAAGUUAUUACCAAACUGUACUUUCAAAUUAAACGAUUUUGAAGAUUUGGAUUUUUAAAAAUAAAUGUCUUGGCUGGGGACGUUCAUACAUAAGGUGUGGUUCCAUGGAAUGAAGAUAAGCAGGUGACGAUACCCUCCUGGGAGGAAGGGGGACAGCAUGACGCUGGGCUCUGCGAUGCAGUUUGAACCGUCCUAGAACCACAACAAAAGAAUGGCAGAGAAGAGAAAGUGUGCGCCGAGCCUGGAAGCCGCUUUCAGGUUCCUCUCCGCCACGUCCCCUGAGAAAUUACUCAGUCUCACAUUCAAGCUGGGCCGUGGCGAGGCAGAGCGGCUCGUGCGCGCCUUGGUUCUGCUGAGCCUCAGCAAGCAGGCAGAAGCCUUGGCAGAGCUCAGGGAGCUGACAAACAACGACCUGGCCAGCUAUCUCGCUGAAAGUGGGAACAGUCACAGCCCCCCCAAAGCUCAGGGGUCCCCGCUCUCUGCCGAUAUUCUUAUUGACCUCGCUCGAGUCUUUAAAAUUCUGGCUGAUGAAGGUUUGUGCAAAGACUCCUUCCGUGAUGAAGCCUACUUAGCUGCCAUCAGGGCGUGUGAGAGCGCUCAGGGAACAUGUAAGGUGGAUGUAGGGAAGCUUAGAAUGGAGGCCAAGGAAAAGUGUGGUCCACACUUGGACUGCGGAGGCCUGCCAGAUAGCGGAACAACUUUGAAGUCCUUUCUUGGUCUCUGUUCAUAUCUUCCCUGGAAACCAGAGCAUAGAAGCCCAGCCAUACAGAUCAUGAGGACUGAAAACCCAUCUGCAGCCAACAGCGGCAAUUCUCCAUCCUCACUGAGGAGCUCCAGCGGGAGUCAGGUGUCCUUUCCCAGCCACCUGGAGGUCAGCGCGUCCCCCACCAACACGUUUCUUUCUAAAAGAGAACAAGAUCAGAAAACGGUCUCCUCCGAGAGGAACCAAGAGGAUUUCAUGGAGUCCAUAGGCAGACUUUCAAUCAGCAGCACGUCAGUUCAGCAACAGGUCACAGUUUCAGCUGUUCCUUUACCUGGGGAGGAGGCCCUGGGUCUUUCUGUUCUGACUCACCUGGAAGAACAGAAGGAAGGAGCAGAAGAAGAAGGAAACCUGUCUGUGGACAAAAAAUUUGUUCAUGUUCAACCUGAAAGCAGCCACAAUCCACAAGACACUACACAGUCCCUCCUGGACAAAGGAAGUCAUGCCAGACCUUUGGAAAGCACUGUCUCCAUGGGAGGUCAUCAGACUAUAACUUCCAAAGAACCCAGUGCUGACUUUCCAGUCCAGCCUGGAAAGAAGCUGUUGGAGGUCAAACAGACAGCAGCUGCAGAGUCUUCUGAUACAGAUGUCCAGAGUGAGACUAAAGAUUCCAAAAACAACUCUCCUAGAAGUUCGCCCUCCAUCUUGGGAUUUAAAGAAGAGGAUAGCGGUGAAAAGUUUUAUUCUUUUGUAAUUUUGCAUGCAGCAGAGGACAGUGACAUUGCUAGUGAACUGCAGUUGAAAUUAGAGAGCCUGGGAGCUGGGGAAGGUGCUACUUUCAGCGAAGACUUUGAGGUUCCUGGGAGACACACCUUGACUUGCAUACAGGAUGCCAUUGACAAUUCUGCCUUCACCAUUCUCCUUUUGACAAAGAACUUCAACACUCGCUUGCUGGAGCACAAAACCAACUCUGUUCUCAUGAACUCCAUUGAGAAGCAACACAAAUACAACACUGUCAUUCCUUUCCUGCCCAGGGAGAACUUUCUAACCCGGAAAGAAAUGCCACUGUGCCUUAAGAUUUAUAACCACCUGGAUGAGGGGAGAACUAGGAAUUUUGAGAAAAUAGCUAGAAAGACCUUUGCACCUGAGAAAGUUGAAAGACAGAGACAACUCUGGAAGAUGGAGCAAAGCAUAAAAGCAGCUGAGGAAAGGAAAGAGCAAUUAAAAGGAGUCAAUGCCAGACAUGAGCGUUUGGUCAAGGCAGCCAGUGGAACUGCUGAGCUGGAACAGGAGCGCUUACAUCUACAGCAAGAAUUACUCAGACAGAUGUAUGCAGGAUGGAUGGCAGGCAUGCCUCAGCCACAGUUCUCAAACCCAAAUGUACAGCCUGACCAUCACCAAAUGUUCUGUGGACCCCAUUUUGUCCCUCCAUGUACUCAAACCUGUGGUGUGGGGCCCCCCAAUUCUGCCUUACCGUUCAGCCCAGCUGGGCUCUACAACUUUCUCCCCCCGCCUGUGCAGCAGGUGCCGCAGGGAUAUCAUUCUGAUGGGUUUGCGAACAUGGUUGGUGCUCCUGCCUGCCAGCCCUCAAAUAUCAUCCAGAUCCACAAUGCCAGCCACAUUAUGAUCGGCAAUGAUUCCUCCAUGAGUGUUGGGGUGGCCGUUGAGCGAACUGGGGAGGGAGAUGGUGAAGAUCAUGCUCCUUCUGCGGAGGGAAAAGGGCCUGAUCCUGUCAUUAAUAAUUUUUUAUGAAAACAGUCUGACCUUCAGAUCAGAGCAUCAGGAGCACAUUUUCCUACAUAAGCACAUGCAAGGCGGUGAAAUUCAGUGGUAUUGCACUUUUUUCCACAAUUUGUAACUUGUCGUAGGCAAAUGCAUAUGACGCAAAGAAGGAGAUUCCUAUGAAAACAAGAAUAUGGCAACUUUCUUCUGAUUUAAAAAAAUGAUAUUUCAGAGUUUUGUUUGUAGCAGAAAGAAUACUGAUCACGGGUAUAAAUACAAAUUAUCUUUUACAGGUGUCUAAGAAAAGGUACUUCUUCCUGGAAAAAACGUUUUAGAGAAUAAAUGUGAAAAUAUG